AUGAUGUUCAACCAACAGCACAUGAUAGGACGGCAGAUGGGUCAAAUGGGUGUUCAGCGACAGAUGUACACUCAAGAUUCCGGUAUGUCUCAACAGAGCCAGAUGCAGAUGCAUUUCUCGCAGCAGCAGCAAAUGCAGCAAAUGAGUCAGCAACAAAUGAGUCAGAUGCCACAGCUGCAGCUCCAGCAACAACAACAACCAUCGGUGGGACAUCAGCAACAAAUGCAGAUGGGAAUGCAACAACAUCUCAGUGGUCAGCAAAUGGGCAUUCAACAACAACAACAACAACAACAACAACAACAAAUGGUUCAGCAACAGUCCAUACAGCAACAUAUGCAACAAACUCAGCAAAUGAGUCAACAACAAAUGCAUUCAGGUCAAACGCAGCAACAGCUCACACCAGGGGGUGGUCCUGGUUCGCAACCUCCUGGUUCAACUCUUGCGGUCGCCAGUGCUGGUGGUCCGACCUCUGUUGGACCUAUGUCGGUUCAACCACAUACUCCAAUGAAUCCUUCCUCUCAGCAAGCAAUCGCACAACCAUCGUCCGUUCAACCUGGGCCGCCAUCCGUAGCACCAGGAACGCCAGCAAGUAAUCAACCCCCACCCCAGGCGCCGACAAUGGGAGAACCAGCCGACCUUUAUCUUCAAGAUCCUGUUGCUCACAGCAAGCAGUUAAUUAUGAAGGAUCUCCGUUUUUGCAUAGUUGAUUUAAACCGUCGUGCCGGUGAGGCUCUCAAAGACCUCAAAGCUGGAAAUGUUCCCUCAAAUUCAAACGAGUACCUCAAGGCGAUGGAUAACCUGUUUGCUGUGUGCGAUGAAAUCGAAGGAAAUCUGGUUUUGGUAUGUGAGACACAAAAGCAAAUGAGUAGAAUGGAGAAAAUAUUCGACAAGGAUGCUAUGAAAUUUGGGGAACAACACCCAAACUAUUCAGACUCAAAAGCGCGAAAUGUGGGAAGUGAAGACGAUUCGACUGCCUACUUCUCCGCUGUAAAUACUUAUAUCGAUCAGACAAGACAGCUUCAAGCUGCUUUUGAUCGUGCCUUUUCACACGUAGGUCGCACACUCGAGACGAUACGCAGGAGGCAGAAUAUGAGUUCGAAUGCAGAGCAGGUUGUGAAAAUGGAGGAAUAG